UAUAGAGGCAAUCACCACAAAGCAAGCUCUCCUUAUCCUCCUCUGUCUUCUCACAAGACACCCAGAUAUUUACAUUCACACUACCAAUACAUUAUUAGUGAUAAACAAUUUCUCUCAACUCAAUCACUACUAAUUUCAAAAUGAGAAAACUUGUUGCAAAUAUUGCAUGUUUUUCUGCUUUCUUUCUUUGCAUUUUAGCUUGGAAUGUAACCGGGCGUUAUUUGCAGUACAAUGCUGGUAUUAAACAGGUUUCAGAUGGUUUUAAAAACGGUAGCAUUAAAACGAAAAAAUCGUUGAUACGUCUAAAAGAAUCAGACGAUUCUGAAGAACAAUGUGAGCAGAUGUAUGGAUUUUUGCCAUGUUCAAGAAAUCUUCCAGGUCAUCUGUUUCUCAUUGUGGUAUAUGAAUACCUGUUGUAUCAUGGAGAAUCGUAUGCUGGUGGUGACGGACGAAUUUUUGGUGUUCUUGGCAAUAAUUUUUUCGGCGCAAGUGUUUUCCAGCUUCUUGAUUCGCUUCCAGAUUCUCUGAUUCUUCUGGCAUCUGGACUAUCGAGUAGUAAAGAAAAAGCUCAAGACUAUGUUGUUACGGGUGUUGGAUUGCUAGCCGGAUCUUCCAUAUUACUUCUCACCGUUCUAUGGGGGAUAUGCUUCAUUUGUGGCAGAACAAAGUUCUAUGUGAAACCCGGCUCUAAAGAGAAAAACAAAGUGCUGCAAUUUUUUACUGGUUCUGGUAUUGUUACAGAUGCAGAAACCAGUUAUCAUGCCAAAGUUAUGUUUUUUUCGCUAAUACCAUUUUUAGUCAUCCUACUACCGAGUGUAUUUGGUUUAUCAUACUCUAGUCAAGCAUACAAAAAUGUUGUUCUUGUGUCACUUUGUGUAUCAGUUCUUUGUUUAAUCUGUUACUUCAUUUAUCAGCUUUUUGAUCCAAGAAUUCAGAAAAGAAGACUGGAGUAUGCAGAAGUCGAAAGAAAAGUUGAACUGAAAGUACCGUUUUUUGAAGUUCAAUCCCUUAUGCUGGACAGGGAAAAACAUCUCAUGUUGAGACAGAAAGAGAUGGAGAAAAUGAUGAAAUAUCCAGAGGCAAACGAUGACAAAACAAUGACCAGGGACAAUUUUUAUCACAUUUUCACAAAGUGGCUUGAUGUCACAAGACAAUUGAUGGAUGAUCCAUAUUCGUUGGAUAAAUCAGGGACGGAGUACAAUCAGGUUGCGGAACUACUGCUUGAAGAUAAAAAUAAACUGAUAGAUCUAAUAUCCCUUAUGAUGGAACGGGCUUCAGGACAAAAAUUGCUUAAAGAAGAUGGAGCACGAGAUGAAUCUGCCAUAGAUAGAUUCUUUGAACGUAUUGAUUCCAACCAUGAUGGAGCUAUUACACGAACUGAACUGAAAAACUUCAUUAUGGAAGUCAACUAUGAUGAGAUUCUAAUGGAUGAUGAGAUAGCAGAGAUCAUAAUGAGACAUUUAGACAUAGAUGGAAAUGGAGACAUUGAUAAACAAGAAUUCAAAUCUGGGGUUUCAAAAUGGCUUAAAGAGAUGGACUAUGUAGUUUCACGUAACCAGCAAAGGCAGUUACAGAACAACAACCGAGAAACAGAUAGAUACCAACGGGCUGAGGCAAAGGCAAAAGCCAAAGAAAAGUUCAAGGCAAUAGCAUUAUUGAUAGUCGGCAUCUUUAUGCUAACAGCCUUGGCCGAGCCUCUGGUUGAAAGUGUUCGACAAUUUUCAGAAUCAGUAAGGAUUGAGCCUUUUUAUGUGUCUUUCAUCUUAGUCCCAUUGGCUACAAAUGCUAGAACAGCCAUUGCGGCCAUUAAUGCUGCAAGUCAGAAGAGGCAUCUAACCACGUCUUUAACUUUCUCCGAGUUAUACCACAAAGUAUUCAUGAACAACAUCUUGAGUCUUGCUGUUCUUGUCUCGGUUAUAUACUUUCGCGGCUUGACAUGGCAUUUCUCAGCUGAGAUUUUAGUUGUGGUCAUCAUUUGCAUCAUUAUGGGACUUCUUGCAAGUUUCAAAUCCAAGUUUCCAAAUUGGACAUUGCUCAUUGCUUUCCCUCUCUAUCCAUUAUCUUUGGUAGUGGUUUAUUUAUUUGAUGAUACUUUCCACUCCGCUUGAAAAGAUGAACUAUAUACAUCUAGCAUUAAUAUAUAUGCAUAAAAAAGUUGUCCCUCCAUCUGAUCGAUCCACUCAGACAGAUGCUUACACUUAGCAAGACAAUGAUUCUUAACGUUGUAAUCCUUUUACAACUUUAAUAACAAAAGCUAGCAAGUUUGAACGUUAAAA